GUUGUUCUGCGAGCUCUCUCCAUCACCUUAGUUACUUGUUUUAACCGAAGAGACUCGGUUGUGUGCAGGGUACGGUGAGCAGGAUCCAACCUCAGAAGCACAUCAGCAGGAGGGAACCUUAGGGGACAGGAGCACGUGGGCUGGCUGCAGCACAGGCACUUGGGAUGUGCUGCUGGGGGAGCAGAACCUGUCACUGGCCGUGCUUGCAGCAAACAAGUGCAGAUUUUCCUUCCUCGGGAAUCACAACCCCAUUUUCCUAUUUUUCAUCCUCUGGCUCACCUUUUCCUAGGGUGACUUUGUUUUUCAGUGUGCUGUUUUCUCCCCCGCUCUGAACUUCAUCCCAGAAAUCCACUUGGCUGGUUAUCCAUUUAGAUGGUUAAGGUUAGAAUGAUGAAAUGCCUCAGGGCUGGCUCUGCUGCUUCUCUGGGACAAGGGAACGGGGACUGGAUGGCAGCAGAGGAAAAUGAAGGGCAGAGAAGCGGCCCCCAGCUCCAAGCAGAGCUGCAGGUUAUAUAUAGCUGCUGGCUGCAGCGGUGUCGCUCAUGGGCUGUGAUCACUUCUCUGAAUACCUUCUUGGCUAGUAGAGGUUUCCACUCCUGUUAAUGAAUCCAGGAGCUGUGGCCGGGAGCUGGGAGCUGCAUCCAGGAGCCCUGAGUCCCGGCGCAGCUGAAGCGACUGAAGCACUUUAAAGAUGCCUGGAAGUGUGGAAGAGGAGCUGGAGAAGGACAGGCCGAGGACGUGGUCCCUUGUGCAGGUUCAGUGGCAAAUAUGAAUGUUUGUCAACAUCUGACAUCAGCUCCUUGGGACAUCAUGAGUUUGCUGAAAUGUAGACCACAGAGCACUUGCAGUAGCGCCUUUUCAAUCUGAAUUUCAUGUACAUGAAAAGAAACUAAUCAUCUGGAUCGACUGUAGUGAUGGCUAGCAAAAGAAAAUCCACAACUCCCUGCAUGAUACCAGUGAAAACACUGGUGCUUCAGGAGACUGAACUGGAUGCUGUAGAAGAUGAUCGUGAAGGAACGCAACAGGAUGCUCCUGCGGAAGGGCCAGCAGCUGGUGAUGCUGGUGCCAGCAACACUAAUAACGGAGCUCUGUCUAACGGGCACCGUGGCAUUGCUGAGAGUGACACUUACAUCUGCAAGUCUUGUGACUUCGGAUCUCAAGACAUUCAGCACUUCUUUGGGCACUUGGACUCUGAGCACUUGGACUUUAGCAAAGACCCUGCGUUCGCCUGCAUCAUGUGCAACUUCCUUGCAAACAGCCAUGAAGGGCUCUCCCACCACAACACGGAGUCACAUGCCAGCGAAACGAGCUUUGUCUGGAGGGUGGCUAAGCAGGACAACCGUACAACCGUGGAGCAAAGUCUCUGUGAGGCCACCAGCAGCCACGACCUUCCGGGAGAGGUCCCUGAAGAAGGGGUGGAUGGCCAGUCGGAAAUUAUCAUUACCAAAACCCCCAUCAUGAAAAUAAUGAAAGGUAAACCCGAGGCCAAAAAAAUCCACACCUUGAAGGAGAAUGUGUCAAGUCAGUUGGGCAGUGAGGCAGAGGUGAAAGACGGGGAGCAUUCGUUUCCCAACGGGUCCGUGCCGGUCAGCCAGCCCGCUGCAAGCUCAACAAAAUCAUCUCAUGUAGUGAAUGGCUCCAUCAUAGGAAACGUGCCUGUUCUGCAGGCGGGUGUUGCACAACUUGUGUCACUGCAGCAGCAGCCCCCAUUGCAUCAGCAGCUACCUACGUCCAAGUCCCUUCCCAAGGUGAUGAUUCCCCUGAGCAGCAUUCCAACAUACAACGCCACCAUGGACUCCAACAGCUUCCUGAAAAACUCUUUCCACAAGUUCCCCUACCCCACCAAAGCCGAGCUCUGCUACUUGACUGUGGUGACCAAGUACCCAGAAGAGCAGCUGAAGAUCUGGUUCACUGCCCAGCGGUUGAAGCAGGGCAUCAGCUGGUCCCCGGAGGAGAUCGAAGAUGCCAGGAAGAAGAUGUUCAACACUGUUAUUCAGUCCGUGCCACAACCCACCAUUACUGUUCUGAACACGCCGCUGGUUGCAAACCCCGGCAGCGUCCCCCAUCUCAUUCAGGCGACUCUACCGGGCCACGUGGUGGGGCAGCCGGAGGGGACGGGGGGGCUGCUGGUCACACAGCCCAUCAUGGCAAACGGGUUGAAGGGCACCAGCUCCUCCUUCACCUUGGCGGUGACUUCUGUCCCCAAGCCGCAGCCGGCGGCGCAGCACAGCACCGUGAGCUCCAGCAGCGCGUCGGGGGUGAAGGUGGUCAACAGCGCGCAGCCGCUGCUCACUGCCUGCCCGGCCAUCUCCUCGCAGACCUUCCUGGAUCCAAACGUGUACAAAAACAAGAAGUCCCACGAGCAGCUCUCAGCCUUGAAGGGCAGCUUCUGCAGGAACCAGUUCCCUGGGCAGGCUGAGGUGGAGCGGCUGGCGAAGCUCACGGGGCUGUCCACCAAGGAGAUUCGGAAGUGGUUCAGCGAUAGGAGGUACCACUACAGGAACGUGAGGGGCGGCCGGGCCGUCUGCCCCGGGGACAGCGCGCUGGAUGCCCUGCCCGAGGUGAGCUUCGACGUGCCGCCCAGAGGAGCCGAGCUGAGCCCCGCGGCGGCCCCUCCGCACCCGCCGCGGCGGCAGUCCUGGCACCAGGCGCCCGACUUCACACCCACCAAGUACAAGGAGCGGGCGCCGGAGCAGCUGAAGGCUCUGGAGAGCAGCUUUGCCCAGAACCCCCUUCCUGCCGAGGAGGAGGUGAACCGCCUCCGCGGGGAGACAAAGAUGACCCGGAGGGAGAUCGACAGCUGGUUCUCGGAGAGGAGGAAGAAGAAGAAGGUGGCGGAGGAGAACAAGAAGGUGGAGGAGGCGGCUCAGCAGGAGGAGGAGGAGGCGGAAAACGGUGGCGGGGAAGGGGAAGACUCCUCGGACGAGCUGCAGGCCGCAGGGGAGAACGGCUCCGUCGACGCUUCCGGCAACAUCUCAGUGGAGCGGAAGGUGAGUCCCAUCAAAAUCAACUUGAAGAACCUGCGGGUGACCGAGUCCAACGGCAAAGCCGAGCUAGUGGGAGCCGGCGCCACCGAGAAGGGGGACGGUGGCUGCAGCCGGGCACCCAGCCCUCCCAAACCCAAACUGAACUUCAAGAAGACUGCCCAGCAGCGGCACCUCCUGAAGCAGAUGUUCGUGCAGACCCAGCGGCCGACGAACCAGGAGUACGAUGCCAUUGUGUCCCAGACGGGUCUGCCGCGCGCCGAGGUCAUUCGCUGGUUCGGGGACAGCCGCUACGGCUACAAGAACGGGCAGCUCAAGUGGUAUGAGAACUACCGGCGCGGGGUGUUCCCGCCGGGCAUGGCAGAGCUCAGCCCUGCCGCCCGCGACGUGCUGGAGGAGUACUAUGAGCAGCACAAGGCGCUGCGGGAGGAGGACGUGCCCGGCCUCGCUGAGCGCGCCCACCUCGGCGCGCAGCAGCUCCGGCUGUGGUUCGCGGUGAAGGCGGAGGAGGAGAGCAGGGCGGCCGGCGCCGAGGAGCCCGCAGCCGGCAAGGGCGGCCGGAAAGCGCCGAGCGAAGCCAGCUCCGAGGUGCCCGAGAGCAGCGAGUCCUGGGAGCCGGGCGGCCGCGAAGGCAGUGCCGGGACCCCCGAUGCCCCGGGCCCGCCACCCGCCACCCGGCUCGAGGCAGACUGAACUCAAACCACCAGCCCCGGAGGAUCCGCUAUUACCCCUGAGAAGAAACUUUUGGUGUUGAAGAAACCCGUGGGCCAGGCUGAUGCAGACCUCAGGAGCAGGACGUGGUGGUAAAGCACUGCCAUAAAUGAGACCUUUGAGCGCAGCACACGAGACAGCACGCGUGCAAAAACUGGGCACUUGGUGCAGAGCUCUGGUGGCCCAGCCCAGGAGAUGGCUGAGAGCUGGCAGGGGCUCAGCCUGCACCCAGGAAAUAGGGUGAUGCUCUUGUUGCUUUCCAGUGGACAGACUUUCAGAUUUCGUAUUCAUAUACCGAUGCCUACAGCUGCCUAUACAAGCAUAACAAAUCUCAGACGUUGUGUAAACAAGGUCAUGGCUUAGAUAUGGACUAUCAUGGCACAGUAUUUCUUUCUUUUUUUCUUGGUUUUUUUCAUCUGUCUGUUAAGGUGUUUGUUCUCUAAAGGUUGGCAUGGCUGCAUAUGUCCCCUAAGCCCUUUCUGGUCCUUAAGCCCUGGCAAUGAAGCACUUUGUGGGCACAUGAGUGUGUGUGUGUUAGGAAAGGGAUCUGAAAAGAAAACUGCCAGUUGUGCGUUAAAGCCUGGUGGGAGCUAAGUGAGAUAUUCAUCCCUACGGCUGAGGUUAGAUUUAGCAUUGCGUACUCUCCAGAAAGUACCAGGUUCCGAGGCAACCCAGGAGAUGGAGUUUGCUGUCAUUUCUCCCUUGCCAGCUAGAAUACUUUCCCCUGCGCUCCUGGAGACUGCCUGUAGCAGGCUGUUCAAUCUCCAAGUCUCCCUUUAAUCACUGAGAACUAGCACAUAAUAAUUUUUCCAUCCUGACCUGGAAUCUUUUCAUUGUUCAGAGAGCACAAGCUGUUCUUCAGAGAGCAAACGCAGAGAAUACGCAGCGUUGCUGUGAGAGGUUCAAGGCAUUGUUGUCUCCAAGGGAUCGGCAGCAGCUCUGCUGCAAUCAGGAAGCAUCCCUCUCGCAGCCCUACAUGAUAGAUCCUCCUGCAGCAGCGCUGGGAACUUCCAAGUGUUUGCUCCAGUCUUCCCUCUCCUUUCCCCUUUUUUUUUCCUCCCAUUCCUUCUGCAUUAGUUCUGGUGAAGCAGCAAAGGAAAUUGCCCACUUAACCCUUCUGCUCCCCUGUACCUGCACAUUUUUAAUGUGCCCAUCUUGUCUUGGGUGGUUGCUGUGUGAUGCAACUCCUUGAAGAUCUUCUCAAUAUCCUUUUCUAACAGAAAACAAGGUCUAGAAGGGAAACUCUUGAGCUGGCUAUUCCAGCUAAAUGCUGUGUCAGACCAUUCUGUCACACACUAAUCAAAUCCCCACUCAAAAUUGGUUCCAUGUCUUGCCUUCACUUUUGCUCUUGGAAAGGCUAUUCCAGAACUUUACUGCCUUUGAGUGGUUAGAAUCUUUAUUUAAAUUUCUAGUUUGAAUUAAUUCGUGGCUGGUUUGUUCCUGGUUUGUUUCGGAGCCAACAUUGUCCUUUAAGUUAAAUAGGUUUUGGUGUCUGUCCACUGAUGUAUUUAUGGAGGGUAGUCAGAGCUCCUUAUUUUUGUCAAGCUAACUCAGCCAGACUUUUUCAGUAGAAGGUUUUUAUUUAGUGAAAGCUUUUUCGUGUGGGAGACUUUAUUGUUGGUGGUAAAUGAUAUUUAUUAGAAGGGUGGGUAGCAAGCCCCAAAGGAUUGGAUCCAGAGAUUUACAAAACCUCUCGUUUAAACCCAAAAAAAGCUCUUUCAGAGCCUCUUCCAACGCUGGUGUCUGAUUUCUACCUUUAAUUGCUGUUGCUUUUCCAGUCCUUUCCUCAUGCCCUCUUUAAGAGGCUGCCUUGCUCAACUGCUAGGAGAUGCUCUAUCUGUUCAGUGCUUUGUAAGAGAGGGGUCUUCCUCUGGCCUGGUGGUACGUGCUUCCAUGGUAGGUGCCUGCUCCUGAGCUCACGUAGCUCCCUGGACACACAGUGUCACUCCCGUGGUGAAGCGUGAGCAUCUGCUGUGGAUGGAGUGGACCUGCACCCUAAAGAGAGCUGGGGCGAUGCGCUGGGGUGCAGGCACCCACACUGCCACCAUCCCUUAGCAGUCACUGCGAGCAGGGAUGGACCUGGAGCACCCUGCAGUGACAGCCCGCUCCCCGCAUCUCGUCAGAAGCGCUACUGCUGGUCAUGCUGUGGUUGGAGGCAGAGCCAGCAGCGCUCCCACCUCGGCCUCUGCAUCCUCCGGGAGAGCAGGGGCAUCCAGAGCCCCAAGGGGUUCACCCUCAUGGGUGCAGCCCUGCACACCCCUAAAUGUCAGUGGUGACAGGAGAAUCUGGGUGCUCCUAGGGGCAGAGGCAGCAUAUCUGGGAGUCGUGUCCCCUGAGAGUGUGAGUGUGUGUAUGGUGCUACCUUCAGAGAACAAAUACAGGUAGGUCAAUUUACUCUCUAGUGUCUAUGUACAUGCAGGUUUAUUUAAGUACACAUAUAUACAGUUCAGAUAUGCCAUUGAUUCUUUAUUGCAUUAAAAUGUACAUGAAAAAUGUACACUUUUACUAACUACUCGCUAUAUAAAUAUGUUGGAGGUGUAGUUUGCCCAUUCAAGGUGAUUUUCUGUGGGAUUUUGGGUGUACACUUAAAGGCCUAUGGCUAAUUGGAAGAGUGAUCCCCGCUCCAUCUACAGAAAUGCUUAAGGACUAUGGUAUGAACUGAUCCCUUCAAACCAUUUUUCCAUGCACUUAGCUGAAAGGUUUUGCACUUGGAUUCUAUUUGGCCAGUUUUCCAGACAAACUGAAAAGAGAAGUCUUGUGAGCUGGAGGGAGAGUUUCCCGGUGUACACAGAAAAACCAGCCUUGAGGGUUGGAAGCUGUUGAGGGUUUUGAGCUUUGUCUCCACGCAUUCAUACAAGCACAGCAGGAGUUUUCUUUCUUUCGGGUUGGAGGAAUUGUAAAAAGUGGUUCCAUGCAGACUCCCCUCGGCUGCAGCGGGGCUGGCAGGGCCCAGCGCGCGCGGAGGGGGAGGUUUAGAGACAGGAAAAUCAGAAAGCAAUCGAGUUCCCUUUCUAACUCCUACAUUCCUUGUUAUCUGCAUUUGCUUUGUUGACUUGAAAUCUCUGUGAAGGCAGAACCUGAGGGGUUAGCUCUGUGGUCCUGUUUCCCUAUCUGAAGCUGAGGAGGAGCAGGUGUCGUCUCCAAAACCAGGCUCAGGUUUUGGUGCAGGACAUUAGAAAUGUGUUUGCAUCUGAAACUGAAAGGAAGAAAUGAGAGGUGGCUUGACAGCCCCAGCAGCAGCUCUUCUGGUGGUAAGAGGAAGCGUCACCAGGAUUCUACACAGUGGGUGAAUAUUUAUCAUAAUCUAAUCAAAGAUGAAUAUCUUGAUUUGAAAGGAGGGGUGUAAGAUAGAGAUCGUGUAGCCAGCAUCAGUAAGGGAGGGAAAUGAAAUUCUUUACCUCCAUCCUCUGUGUGUGACAGCCACAGUAGUAACCAUCAUUUUUAAUCCAUGUGAAUCUUGUUACUUGUGCCUCUGAGGCUGCUUAGAUUAAGGGCACAAUCCAAUUGCUUAAUGACCCGAUCCCUGAUCUGUGCCAUACCUGGCCCGCUCGUGUAAAAAGCUGCUGGUCCUCCUGAUGCAAACAACAGCUACUUUCUUUGUUCGUGUCAGCAGGCCCUGCUGUGGGAUUCUAGACAUGCCUCGUUCAUUGGGUACCUUAUUUCUCACCAUCCUGGAAAUCAUUUUUUUCUUGUUUUCUUUAGCAGAACACUCAACAACCCAUAAUUCACAGGCUCCUGUUCCCACUUGUCUGAGGCACAUCAGGCCUGCAGCACAGGGGCUGCUUCCGUGCAUGGCCCGCAGAGCUCCAGCCGCAGGUAUUGGUGUGGCUGCGUGUCCCUUCCCUGCACUGGUCACCACCAGAAGCCACCAGCAGCAGCAGUCACUGCUGGCAGCUCUGAUGGGAGACCCUGUAGUCAGCCCAAGUAGAGCCUUAACCUGCUUGGGCGAUGCUGGUGCAGAAGCUGGAACUGCUUGGUUAAUGUUUGCUAGGUGUCCCCUGUCUGUUCAGGAGGAAGAGGAGGAUGGAGAAGGCUGGUUUUCCAUGUUAGGGUAUUUUGGGGUUUAUAAAAAGCAACAGUUUUUGGUCACAGGUAGAAGUGUUGUAUUCUGCCUUCCCUGCAGCCCCUCUCUUGGAGACAUGACAGAGGCAACCUGAUCGGAAGGUGAUGUGUGGAGCUGGGUCGCUGGGAAUCAGAAGAGAAAGGUGGUUUUCAGCACUUAGGCACAAAUUACCAAGUUAAUGUGAUGCUGUACCUUCCUGUCAACUUGAUAGCAUUUGAAAUGCUUGUAAACUUCUCUCUCCUAUUGCGCAGAUAAUUUUGGCUUUGCUGUUUUCCAAUCAGUCGGUGGCCUGAAGUGCUUCAGCUCACUGCAGGAUCCUCUCUUGUCAUUCCUCAGUUGAUCACAAACCAGCAGGGUAAGAUGAGGCAGCACUACAAAUGGAGGUGUAGGGAUGAGACACUUGCAAGCUGUACCUUCUUUCUUGGCAAGUUUAUUUUCUGCUGUAUAUUUUACUGGCAGUGGUCCCUGCCAGGAAUGCUGGAUUGGCAUCACACAACUUUAAGCAGAGCAAGGGAGCUCUGUAUCGAAGCCGUGAUUUGUGUUGUGGUUUUGUUUUCUUGUUCCUGCCUGUUCCAGUGAGGAGUGCUCUGUUGGCUGACAUUGGCCAUCCUGUGAUGGCACAAUUCAAGCCACUUUUCCCCUGUACUGAUGGAGGGUGGUAUUAGGACUCUUGCUUACUGGUGCUAGUGAAGAUUGGGCUAGGAAUCCAUGGCAUAGAAAACUUCUUGCUAAAAUUGCACUUUCUCUCUGCCCCAUCUGGCUCGUGGUGGUGUUAUGGGUACGUGGCUGUGAUUCCCCUUGCACAUACUAACAUUGCACUAAAAGAGAGCCUUUGGGAACAGCGUGUUGAUCACUUUGUUUCUCAGCAGACCACAAAGUCAGCCGAAUGGGGUCUCUUUUUUUUUUUUUUGGUUUGUUUUUUUAUUUUUAAUUAUUGUUAUUUAGAAAUCAUGCUGGUGCUGAAUGACCUGGAAUUUUUGCUUGGAUUUAUCCAAAGGAAAAUGUAAUUGUAGCUGCAACGGGACCUUUCAUAAGGGUGGCCGUGCAGCUAGGGAGCAGAGCAAGGGCUCUGCUGGGUCUUUGUACCGGGGAGGUGUGGGGGGUUCCAGUGGGGUUAUUAUUGUGUUUUUCUUAAGACCACAGUUUUAGAUGGUCACCUUGGCAAUUGUGUGAGACAGGAACUAGUUUUUACUUUUGGUAAAGGUUUUAAAGAGGAAAAACAAAAAGUGAAGCUGCCUGUGAUUGUGGGCUGUAGCUAUUACUAGGGCUAGGGUAGCUUGUACCUGCUAUGGACUUUACCUGCUCUUAUUCUGAGGGCAAGAACUCCCUGUAGCAACAAUGCCACUUCUGAGAAGUGAACGGCAAGUUUCCCUUCCUUUUGUAUAUGUGGAUGUGAGGGUGGGCGAGGGGAAGAGCUUGCUUGUACAGUUUGUUGAAAUGAAACCAGACAUUUUUGGUUGUUCCUAAAUAAAGAGCGGAAAAGACGAA